AUGGUCAGCAAAUUGACCAAAGCCAUGGGAGCGCUCUCUCAGAACGAUGAAGACGAUGUCCGCAGAACACCAGCAGCAUCCACCAUCGUCCCACCAACCACCAGAUCAUCGUCUCAACAUCAGGAACGUCGAAAGAGUGCUCGUCUCAACAAGAGACAGGAUCAAACUGACGUUGACGACGAGAUCAGCAUCGAUCCACAUGACUCGGGAACUGAGUCGGAUGAAGAGGAGAUCGCUUCGAUCACUUCUAGCAUGUCGAAUCCACGCGAGUCAUUGAGACGCGGCCUAUAUUAUACUAUGGAACAUCCGCCACCAGUCACCGCGAAUCCAGCAUGGAAGAGAGAUUUGGAUGAGACCGAAAGCAUGGACAGUUUCGGCCGCGAAUCCGGCAUCAUGACUGGAGACAACGACUCGGACACUGACGGAAUGGCGACGCCAACUCCACUUCGUCGUCGUCUCCGCGACGAUGACAGCUCAUCGCCAGGAAAACGCGGACACGAGGAGCAGAAUCCAAUGGCUGAUCAUCCAAUUGCUUGGCGUCUUCGCUCAUUCAACAACGAUCGUGCUGUGAAGGUGGCCGCACGCCGUUGUCCAGUUCAUGUUCUCAUCAGUCAUCCACCAAUUCCAAUGGGCCUCCGUUUCGAUGGCGCUGGCGAGGAUGUCGAGGUGGAAGGUGGUAGUUGGGCCGCCAAGAGAGGAAGACUCGAUAGUCAUCGUCCAUCGUUGGACUUUGAGAAAAUGGUCAAAACUCGCAUCGGAGAGGAACAAGAUCAAUCCACUCCAUCAUCAUCGGCCGCUUCAUCACCACCAACUUCAUCGGGACCAGUCACCCGUUCCCAAAUCAAUCAAUAA